CACACGGAUUGUUCUAAAAUAAACCAUAUUUGAUGCACAAGUAUAGCUGUGUACGCAACACAAUAAUUUAAUGCAAACCUGAUCAUGCGGUGGUCCCUAAGACGCCUACUCCAGUGGGUGUUCUUUCUGGUCGUGCUGCAGGUGGUCGUCUACUUCUGGUCCAUCAAACGGCCGACCAAGGUUCGACCAAAGUUCAAGGUGCACGAGCCACUACAGCCUGCCAUGGGGCUUGAUGGCACCUGCUCUUUCAAGAACUGUCCCAAGGUGAAGGACGGCAUGCUGAAUGUCCACUUAGUGCCACACAGCCACAUCGAUGUGGGUUGGCUGAAGACGGUUGACCAGUAUUACACUGGGGAGAAGCCCCCAUUCGACACAACUGAGCGAGGUUGCGUCAGAUGUACCCUCAACACCACCAUACAAGAACUCCUCAAGAAUCCUCAGCGGCGAUUUAUUUUCAUUGAGAUGAAAUAUUUGGCGCGCUACUGGCAAGAAGCAGACGACACUGAAAGAGAAUCUAUUCGGCUGCUCAUCAAGGAACGUCGGCUCGAGCUCAUCAACGGCGGGUGGGUGAUGAGCGACGCCGGCGUCACCACCUACAACGACAUCAUCGACCAGCACACUCUGGGCUUCAACUUCAUCAGCGAGACGUUCGGAGCCUGCGCCCACACACGGACUGCCUGGCAUGUGGAUCAGUUCGGACACUCCAGGGAACACGCCUCCAUAUUUGCUCAGAUGGGCUACGAUGCUCUAGUCAUCAGCCGGAUAGACUACCAGGACCUGACCAACAGGAAGAAAAAUAAAGACAUGGAGCUCAUAUGGAAUACAAGUCCUCGUAACUUAAAAAAUCGAUCUACUCUAUUCACUCACGUGACCUACGACGGCUACUAUGCUCCGGCUGGAUUUGUUCUAGAUUCUGCAGAUUCUAUGUCUGAGGUAUCGGAAAGAGAUGCUUUGUUGUUCAUCAAAGCUGUAAAGUAUAGGGCCGAGUGCUACAAAAGCAAUCAUCUUCUGCUGCCGAUGGGGUCAGACUUCGGUUACAAGGAGGCAGGUCGUUGGUUCAAAUACAUGGACCCGCUCAUAGAGGAGGUCAAUAAACUGGGUAACUCUGGUGGGUUCAAGGUCAACGUAGUCUACUCCACCCCCUCCUGCUACACCCACUACGUCAACCUUGAGAAGUUGACCUUCGCCACCAAGGCCGACGACUUCCACCCGUACCAGUCCGACCACUCGACAAGCUGGACGGGCUACUACACGACCCGGGGUGGACUCAAGAAACACAUCAAGUUGGCGGGUCAGAUUUUACAGAGCUGCAAACAGCUAGCGAUAUUUGCUGGACUAGAUGCUUCUUUCAACCAGGUCAACGUACUACGGGACCAGAUGGCUGUUGCUCAGCAUCAUGAUGCUAUCACAGGUACUCAAAAGAAACACGUGCUGAAUGAUUACAACCUGUUGCUUAGCAACGCAACAAACGCAUGUCAGUCAGUGAUGUCAGAGGCCUACCAGAAAUUAUGGGAUAGAACUGAAGAAGACAACAACCUUUCCACUGUAUUUUGCUACGGUCUCAACAUCAGUUCCUGCCCUGUAUCAGAAACAAAGGAUCAGUUCCUGUUAACGGUCUACAACCCGCUGUCCUGGACAGUCCUGGCACCCAUCAGGUUCCCAGUCAGGUCAAAACAGCUGUCAAUCACAGACGCUGAUGGGUACAAGGUACCUUACCAGACACUACCAGUCCCUGCCCACAUCCUCAGUAUCCCAGAACGGAAACCGACAACCACUCAGACCGAUGCCGUAUUGAUUGGCUCGCUGCCUCCCAUGUCUGUGACGAGGUUUUCUAUCCAGCAGGACGCAGAUGAAUCUCAGCCGCAUUUUGAUGAGCUGUUGGACAACGAGGACAAGAUAACUCUAGAAAACGAA